UAUAGUCUAUAGAAAUCUGUACUCUGUAAUCUGCAUGUAUAUUUUUAUUUCGGAGAAUUAUCAAUUUAUUAAUUUAGGUUAGCCUCGGACCGGAUUAUAUUAAUUUAGAACUUAAAUUAUGUCUUUAGGAGAAAUAAGUGAACUUUAAUAUAGGAUCAUCAUGGCGCUCCUAGGAGCUCAACUCGUUAUAACACUUAUAAUGGUUUCAAUCAUACAAAAGCUUGGCAAUUAUUCCUUUGCAAGAUGGUUAUUAUGUUCGCAAGGUUUAUAUCGAUACCUGUAUCCUGAUAAUAGUGAAUUAAAGAGUUUGGCGGGAGUUCCAAAAGAAAAACCGAAAGCCAAGAAGGGUGGUAAAAAUGAACUUAAUGGAAAACCUGAAACAUUUCAUGUUCCUAGAAGCUUAGAUAUACAGUUGGAGACAGCUCCAGUAACAGCAUUAGACCUUGUACAUCUCCGGUUCUAUACAGACUAUAUUUGGAUAGUGGAUUUUUCAUUAUAUUCUAGCAUAGUUUAUAUAAUGUCAGAGAUUUACACCUGGAUAUUUCAUCUUAAAGAUGAAUUUAAUUUGAGUAUGGUGUGGUGCCUCUUGGUGGUCCUCUUUUCAUUUAAAAUAUUACUCUCGCUGACUAAACAGUACUUCACUAGUGAUGAGUCUAUCAGUGAAAGGUCUAUAUGCAUUGUAGCUUUCUGUGUAUUCCUUCUUGUCGCUAUGAUGAUGCUGAUUGUGGAUGAGAGCAAUUUAGAGGUUGGUGUUGAUCCAGCUUAUGAUAGCUUUUAUGAAAAUGCUUCAAAAUUCCUGGAGAACCAAGGGCUAAGUUCUGUUGGUCCAGCAUCAAAACUAAUUUUAAAGUUAUCAUUGGCAAUUUGGGCUGCCCUUAUUGGUACUCUAUUUACAUUUCCUGGCUUAAGAGUUGCCAGAAUGAAUUGGGAUUCAAUAAGGGUUUAUGGAGAUAAUAAAGUGGCUGCCCUGCUUUUAAAUGUGAACUUUGCAAUGCCAUUUAUCCUUGCUCUUAUGUGGGUGAGGCCUGUUACUCGGCACUAUUUAACUGUCCGUGUGUUCAGUGGCAUGACUGAACCGCUCAUGACAUCUGCUCAAUUCGACUCCAUGCGUCUGAUUCUGGUAAUCAUCACAAUGGUACUCCGAGUAAUUCUGAUGCCGCGUCAGCUCCAGGCUUACUUAGAUAUGGCGCAGAGAAAACUUGACGCUCAGAAGAAGGAGGCUGGACGUAUCACUAACAUAGAGCUUCAGAAGAAGAUAGCAUCAGUGUUCUACUAUCUAUGCGUAGUGGCCCUCCAAUAUCUGUGCCCCGUGGUGAUGUGUGCAAACCUUGCACUGAUGUAUAAAACACUGGGUGGGUUCACGUGGACUGGGAUGGACUUAGAACCGGUAGUCCGGACAAUGCCUAGCGAUAGUAUGGAGCAAUUUCAAAUGGCAUGGGAGAAUUUAAAAAUGAUAUUCACAACAGAAGUGUACCGUGGAGUACUAGGCUUCAGCACCUGGUGGUGCUGCUUCGCUUGGUUUAUCUCCACGUCACUCGGGGCCAUGUAUCAGAGUUACUUUAGAAUCUCAUGAGAUUUUAUAAACAAAGCUAGUUGUAUAAGAGCGCUUUAGAAAAAUUUAUCCAAAAAAUUAUUCAUAAAAAAUAAAUAAGUUUUAACUUUUUAUAUUUGGUUAAAGAGAAUUGUAUCGAUGGAGACGAAUGAGUACUUCAGCCAAAUUUCUGUAAUUAGACUGAAUUAUUUUUUAUGAAUAUAUUUAUAGGUGUGUACAAUAAUGUGUCAUGUUUCUUAACUCCUAACUUUUAUAUUAAUGUUUGGCUGUUUAAUUUGUGGAACUAAAGAAGGGCACGGCUAAUCUAUCUGGAAUGUCAAAAUCCAAUAUAAAUUAGUUUUGUAAGUGAAGUGUUGUUUUUAUAUUUUAUUUAUUUUAAUAGUGUUGAGUUUUUGGGUAUGCGUUUUAUGUUUGUUUACUUAAUUACCUAAAGAUGAGAACUGGUUGUUAUUGUCUAAAAAGUCUAUUGCACAAUGAUGUCUUUUAUUUAUAUUGUCUAUCUACUAUAUUUAUAAAAGUUUAUUUGCUAUUCUGGGUCAAGUUUAGUGUUUUAAUAAGUGAAUGUUUUUAAGAUAAAAAGCUGAUCAGUCCGGUCAACCCAAACAAUUGUUUAUGCCUGGAAUUCAACAUAGUCACAGAGAUGUUGCUGUCUAAAAACCUUCAGUAGAACCAUAACAAUUUUGAAAUUGUAACAUAUUUUAUGUAUCAAAGUACUUAAAGAAUGUUCUGUCCCAGAAUCUUAUCAAGAAUUUUAAUAGACUACAUUUAUUCACAUAUGAGAUUGAUCCAUUCAGUCGAUAGGGUCUCUGGUUAAAGAUGACCAUAGAUACAAAAACUCAUUUAUGAUAAUAUUCUUAUUAAAAAUUUGGAUUUAUGUUGGUCCCUUACGCCGCCAGUAUUAUUGGAGUGCAUGCUUUCAUCGACAUAUUGCUUUAAGUUUUAAUUAAAUGUGUACUACUAUUUAGUUAUAGUUUAAAAUAUUUAUACUGGAUUGUUUAAAUAAAGAUUUUUAAUGUU